GUAGCAUCACAUGAAUUGACUGUCAACAUGCAAGAUGGCCACGCAUCACAGGCAAAAUGCUGCUGGGCGGAGAAAAGUACAGGUGUCCUACGUCAUUAGAGAUGAGGUGGAGAAGUACAACCGAAAUGGGGUGAACGCACUCCAACUAGACCCUGCGCUGAACCGGCUCUUCACUGCUGGACGGGACUCUAUCAUCCGGAUAUGGAGUGUCUACCAGCAUAAACAGGACCCGUACAUUGCCUCCAUGGAGCAUCAUACAGACUGGGUUAAUGACAUAGUGCUCUGUUGCAAUGGAAAAACAUUGAUAUCUGCCUCAUCAGACACCACAGUCAAAGUAUGGAACGCGCAUAAAGGCUUCUGUAUGUCGACGUUACGAACACACAAGGACUACGUGAAAGCUCUGGCCUACGCUAAGGACAAGGAGUUGGUGGCAUCAGCAGGCCUUGACCGGCAGAUCUUUCUUUGGGAUGUGAACACACUAACAGCGCUCACUGCUUCCAACAACACUGUCACCACUUCGUCACUCAGUGGGAACAAGGACUCUAUCUACAGUCUGGCUAUGAACCAGAUGGGCACAGUCAUUGUAUCUGGAUCCACAGAAAAGGUCCUGAGAGUGUGGGACCCUCGAACAUGUGCAAAACUGAUGAAGCUAAAAGGACACACAGACAACGUCAAGUCGCUGCUGCUGAAUCGAGACGGCACUCAAUGCCUGUCGGGCAGUUCGGACGGGACCAUCCGCCUCUGGUCACUCGGCCAGCAGAGGUGCAUCGCCACCUACCGGGUGCACGAUGAAGGCGUCUGGGCCCUGCAGGUCAACGAGGCCUUUACACACGUCUACUCCGGAGGCAGAGACAAAAAGAUCUACUGCACUGACCUGCGUAACCCAGACAUCCGUGUGCUCAUCUGUGAGGAGAAGGCUCCGGUGCUCAAAAUGGAACUGGACAGAUCUGCUGACCCACCUCCAGCAAUCUGGGUCUCCACCACCAAGUCAUCCGUUAAUAAAUGGUCUCUAAAGGGAAUGCACAACUUCCGAUCAUCAGGGGAGUAUGACAAUGACUGCACUACCCCUCUGACACCACUGUGUACUCAGCCAGAACAAGUCAUCAAGGGAGGUGCCAGUAUCAUACAGUGCCACAUUCUGAAUGACAAGAGACACAUACUCACCAAAGAUACCAACAACAAUGUGGCUUUCUGGGAUGUCCUGAAGGCUUGUAAGGGUGAAGACUUGGGGAAAGUGGAGUUCGAUGAAGAGAUUAAAAAGCGAUUCAAGAUGGUCUACGUGCCAAACUGGUUCUCUGUUGAUCUGAAAACUGGGAUGCUCACCAUCACAUUGGAUGAGAGCGACUGCUUCGCUGCCUGGGUGUCUGCAAAGGACGCUGGGUUUUCAAGCUCUGAUGGAUCCGACCCAAAGUUGAACCUGGGUGGACUGCUGCUCCAGGCUCUGCUGGAGUUCUGGCCCAGAACUCGCAUCAACCCCAUGGAUGAGGAGGAGAACGAGGUGAACCAUGUGAACGGCGAGCAGGAGAACAGGGUCCAGAAAGGAAAUGGAUAUUUCCAAGUGCCACCACACACGCCAGUCAUCUUUGGAGAGGCAGGAGGCAGAACUCUAUUUAGGUUGCUAUGUAGAGAUUCAGGAGGAGAGACUGAAUCGAUGCUGCUGAACGAGACUGUUCCUCAGUGGGUUAUUGAUAUAACUGUAGAUAAAAAUAUGCCCAAGUUCAACAAAAUCCCAUUCUACCUCCAGCCCCACUCUUCCUCUGGUGCAAAAACUCUAAAGAAGGACCGCCUCUCGGCCAGCGACAUGCUCCAGGUGAGGAAGGUGAUGGAGCACGUUUACGAGAAGAUCAUCAACCUGGACAACGAGUCGCAGACCACCAGCUCCUCAGCCAACGAUAAGCCGGGGGAGCAGGAGAAGGAGGAGGACAUGGCCAUGCUAGCCGAGGAGAAGAUCGAACUAAUGUGUCAAGACCAGGUUCUAGAUCCCAACAUGGACCUGCGAACAGUUAAACAUUUUAUCUGGAAGAGCGGAGGGGACUUGACGCUUCACUAUAGGCAGAAGUCCACGUGAAAAUCCUAAUUUUUAAAACAAGAACUCUUCGUCAUUUGCCAAUCACCACCCACCUCUGACAUGUAGUACCCUAAACCCCAUUGUGUGGUCAAGAGUCGCAGUAUCAAUGAGAAUCCAGUAAAAGUUGUGAGGACGAGGCUCAUGAUGUAUCAUAGGGAACUGACCAGAACAGACCGGAGCAGCCAAGAGACACCCGGGAGAUAAGUGGUCCAUAGUUUCUUUCUUUCUUUCUUUCUUUUUUUUUUUUUACAGUUUGAAGGAAGGACUCUGUUUUCUCCAGCCCUCACCAAUUUCUCUUCUUUUUUUUUUUUUUUUUUUAACUCUGACUGCUGUUUGUUCUUUCCUUCCGAUUGCCGUUUUAUUUUGAAGCGACAGUACGUGUUUGUGUCCGAGCGUGUGUGUGUGUAUAUGCACAUGGAUGUAGUAGACUGUUUGUUUGUUCUAGUACAUUCCAGAAACUGUCCGACAAACACUCCACACCCGUCUCAGCAGUUAUCACCAGUUUAGGAGUACACUUGGUCUCUGGGUAGCAUCACAGUCCCUCGAAAAAGCAAUCCUCUGUUCUGCUGUCGUCUUAACUUGAACUUAAAGGGACAGUUCACCCCAAAAUCAUUAUUACAGAUUUUUCCUCUUACCUCUUGCCCUGUUUAGCAGUCUGGAUUGUUUUGAUGUGACUUGCUUGCAUUGUUGUUGACGAUACUGGCGGUAGAGAUGUCUGCCUUCUCUCAAAUAUAAUGGAACUACAUGGCGCUCGGCUUGUGGUGCUCAAAGCACCCCCCAAAAAAACCUUAAUAGCAAUUUCUCUUUUCAGAAAUUAUGUUCAUUCACUCAAGAUAAUCCACAGACCUUGUUGUUGUUGUUGUUGUGAGCAAACCGGCAGCGAAUCUGCAGAUUCUUGGAUAGCGAAGGAACGACCCACCUUACUCUGCCUCUGAUUGGCUUACCCUGUAAUUCUUACUCCAACCAACCCCUCUCCUGUUGCCUUGACCUAACCAAUCCAGCCAACAUAGGCAACAAGUACAAGCCAAUCACAGGGAGCAUAGGGCAGGUCACUCCUACGCUAUCCCUAGAUUCGCAAAUUUGCAAACAGGAGGGCUGGGAGGUGGGCUUACCUCCUCCUACUGCUGCCGACAUCAGGUGGAAGUGACACUAAGAAGACGUUGAUGGGUCUGGAGUGAACGUGUGUUGAAUAUCCAACUUAAACCUAACUUCACUGUGUGAGGCAGCCGUGGCUGGCGUGACUACGGACAGGAACAUGCGCAGUUGGUGUGCUUGGGAGGCAUACGGUCCACGCGGUUACAAAAAACAGGCUGCAUGCAGAUGUUCACAUGGGGGUCCAUGCUGACUUGAGGCCAUGGAUAAAUGACGACAUUUACAUCACGCAGACUGAGGGUUUCAAUCACGUAUGAGUGAAUUUGACUCUCUUGUUCACUUCCAUUCAUUGCGAGCAGAGGGAUGAAUUCACUCCUGAUGGGGUGGCAAAAUAACAUCUUCACACCAAGUGGGGUUCAACUUCAGUGACGUCACAGCCUCAAACAAUAGCAAAGAAGCAUGUGUGGAGGAGACACUGAUUGUUGCUGUUCAGUGUAGAAAGUUUCUUUUUUUUUUCAGACAAUGAGUUUUUAAGGAGAUGUAGUUUACCUUGACAUGUUUCAACUGUCACUUCAGUCUUCUUCAGAAGCGUCAUCUGACGUGCGUCCUGAUGUGUCUUUAUCAGCUGGUAGUAUCCCAGUGGCGUGACCAGCCUGGCAAAUCGGAUUGCGCCUCCUGGAUACUACCAGCUGAUAAAGACACAUCAUGACGCACGUCAGAUGACGCUUCUGAAGAAGACUGAAGUGAAAGUCGAAACAUGUCAAGGUAAACUAAAAGCUCAUUGUCUGAAAAAAAGAAACUUUCUACACUGAAUCUAAUUUGAGUAGACAAAAUUGAGUGUUGAGUUUUUCAAAUGUAUUUUUUUGGCGCUUUGAGCACCACAAGCUGAAGUCAGACAUCUCUACAGCUGAUAUCUCCAACACUCUGCAACUCACACCAGAACAAUCUAGACUGAUAAACAGCACUGUAAGAUGAAAAAGAUGUGUUGUUGAGUUUGGGGUGGACUGUUCCUUUAAUCCUGGCUUAGACAUCUAAUUAUUGCAGAGCUUGAACCUCAUUGACAGAAACACUUGUCUUUGUCAUUUAUUUUUAGCUGUGCUGUUCUUAAUGGACUGAAUGUUCUUUUUUUUUUUGUAAAUAUAUGUACAACAUUUUUGAUUUAAGUGACUUUUGUUUUCUUUUGGUUUGAUUUUGUUGUUGUACAGUUUACUUAAAAACCAAGUUAUUUUUCCAAAUCCCUAGAGCACAUUCAUGGUCAUGACGGUUAAUCUGACUUGGAUGUUAAAAAUCACAUUUGUUGUUAUUCACGACAACCCAGAAAUUGCAGUUUUACUCUUUAAGAAUGUUAGUAGUCGUCCAAGUCAUCUUAGCAAUGGGGAAAAUUAUAUAUAAGGUAUAUAUCUUUGAUAAUAACUCAUGCUUACUCGCUCUGUGCUUGGGUCAUGAGCUGUGACUUUGAUGACAGUGAGGGCUGUUCCUGAUGUAUAUUUCAUUUAGAUUUAAUAGGAGUUCAAUGAAUAUAACUUGAAGGGGAAUCUCAUCUGAGAGAAUAUAUGAAUAAUCAACCACUGUGGGGAAUUCACCAAAGUAAAAUAUUAACGGUAAUUUCUCUCUUGGUGUGUCACCGAGCAGAACAACAGGUCAUUGUAAAUUUUCCGCAGUUAAGUUUUGCCAUGAAGAGUGUGUGUAACGCCAUAGUGGGGACGCAGCGAGUGAGCUCUAACGGGCCAAAAAAACAGGAUGGGUACCAUAAUUAGGCCAUAACACUGCAAUAUCCCUUGUUGUAAUAAUUUGUGAAAUAUGUAUAUUUUAGGCAUUCGAAGAAAUAAAUUGGAAUGGUUUAACAAUGAGAGAUUUAUGGGGAUUAUAAAUGUUUCUUGAGUUGUAAAUGUGUUCAGCUGGUGAGUGUGAAAUAAGAAAAACAAGGGAAACAAUUUCUUUUUCUUUUCUUUUUUUUUUUUUUUUAAAGUCAAGUGAUAUGAUUGUUUAACCAUCAAAGAUUCACCCAUUUCACAUUCAUGAAAAGACUCUGCACUCAUUCCUAAUAAAACAUACAAUUAAUUGAUAAAAUAUCUGCAAAAAUACUUUUCCUUAUUUUACACACUAGCACCUACUUUGACAGUGAAAAACUUUUAAGAAGCCCCCUAGAAAACAAAAUUACUCGACAGCAGCAUCACUGUUUGUACAUGUACUGUAUAUGAAAAGUCAUCUACUAGAUUUACAGGUUGCAUAGAUCACAAAAAUUACUUAAGAAUAGACUUGAAUGAGACGUGGGGACAUGAUUCAGGUGAUACA